UCUUAAAUUAAAUUAAUCAAUUAUUUAAAAUGAGUGAAUUUGUUAGUAUUGAUGAUUACGAAAAAUCAGCAGCUAAUAUUUUGGCCCAGUCAGUGAAAGAUUAUUACACAAGUGGUGCAGGAGAUGAAUUUACUUUGAAGUGGAAUAGAGAUGCGUUUAAAAAGUACCGAAUAAGACCACGAGUACUGACAGAUGUAUCAAAAUGUGAUAUAAGUACAUGGGUACUCGGUGAAAAAAUUGCCAUGCCUUUAGGAAUAGCGCCUACUGCAAUGCAACGGAUGGCUCAUCCAGACGGCGAGUGUGCGAAUGCUAAAGCUGCUGAAUAUAUGAAAACAAUUUUUAUACAGUCAACAAUAUCAACUAGCAGUAUUGAAGAAAUAAACAAAGCUGCACCAAAGGCAAUUAAAUGGUUUCAAUUGUACAUAUACUGCGACCGCCAAGUAACGAUAAAUCUGAUAAGACGGGCUGAAAAAGCCGGUUACAAGGCUAUUGUUCUUACUGUUGAUACUCCGUUCUUUGGUACCAGGCGUCGUGACGUAAAAAACAAAUUUACAUUACCAAAACAUUUGAAACUAGCUAAUUUCGAUGGUCAUUUGUCGGAUAAAAUAAAUUACACUGACUCAGGGUCUGGUUUAAAUGAAUACGUCGUCAAUUUAUUUGACGAUUCACUGUCUUGGAAUGAUGUCGACUGGCUCAAAAGUGUCACCAACUUACCGAUUAUUUUAAAAGGAAUCUUGAGAGCUGAUGACGCAGUAGUGGCUCGGGAAAAAGGAGUCCAAGGGAUCAUUGUUUCAAAUCAUGGUGCCAGGCAACUUGACGAAGUCGCCGCAUCGAUUGAAGCGCUGCCUGAAAUUGUCAAAGCUGUUGGUGAUACAAUUGAUGUUUAUUUAGAUGGUGGGAUCAGACAAGGAACUGAUGUCUUCAAAGCUUUAGCUCUAGGUGCUAAAAUGGUAUUUUUCGGAAGACCAAUGCUCUGGGGACUAACACACGGUGGCGAAAAAGGAGCGAUAGAAGUUCUGAAACUAAUAAAAGAAGAUAUAAGACAGACUCUAGCAUUAGCCGGCUGUCGAUCUGUCAAUGAAGUAACCAGAGAUAUGAUAAUCCACGAGUCACAUUACAGUCGUCUGUAAAUGUAAAUAUAAAUACAAAUCAAAUGCUCAAGCUCAAUUAAAUGCUAAUUGACAUCAUAUAGUAUAUAAUAAUAGUACAGUAGGUAAAGAAAAGUAAACAGUUUGAUAUCUUUACAACACAUGGUUGGCAUUUUAUUUUCAAUAUAUAUAUUUUUUGUUCAUUUAUAUAUAUAUAUGUAUAUAUUUAUAUAUACGCGUGUCUUGUAUAUGUGAAUGUGUGUAUUGCUCGCAAUGUGUGCAAGGCCGAGCAACAUGAGUAUUUACAUAUACUGGUCUACAUAAAUACACAAUUCUGUACGUACACACAUUUUCUAAAAGAAAAUGUAUCGUUUUUUUUUUUUUUAUAUACUUUAUUUUAAAAGUCUGGUAAAGGGAGAGCAUACUGAUCAACGUUCAUACAACAAAGAGCUAUUUUUUAAUGCUCAAUAAAAGACAUUAAUUUGUUAUUAUAAUUAUUAUUAAUAUUUUUUUUUCUUUUUUCAUAUUCGUACAGAAUUCAAUAAACUUCUCUAAAGACAUAUUGACUGAUCAUACAACGGCUGCUCUAGCCAUUGAAAAAUUUUUUUUGUCAUCACUUAGUUUUUUAAAAUAUAAAUUUUUAUUAUUAUUUCUACCAUCAAUGGAUUUUAGACGCCUUGAAUCACAACAACAUCACUUGCUUUUAUUAUUAUUAUUAAUUUAAUAAAUAGCCGAUCGUUAGCUCAUGCUGAUUUUUUAUUUAAUUGAUUAGUUUAUUAGUUGGUUAAUUAAUUUGUUAUUUAUUAUCAUCAUUGUAUUAAUUAAUAUUUUGUUAAUUGUAAGAUAGACUAGACAGACAUUUCUAUCAAAUCAGUGCAUUCGAGUCCAGAUAUUAAUUUUUAAAUAAUUUUUUUUUUACUUUGUUAAUAAGAAGAACGUAUAAUUAUUUAUAGAAGUGUAAAAUUUAUUGGUCCAGAGAUAUUUAUUUAGUAUAUUUUUUUACUCACGUGUUCGUGAUUAAACUGACCUUUUUUUCUAGUUUCUGGCUUCAAGUUUUAUAAUAAAUUAUAUAAUAAUAAAUAUGACAAAAAGCGGGUGGUAAAAAUUGAUCGUUUUUAUUUUAAGAAGCAGUUUUUUUUUCAACGAUCAAUUUUUUUGAAAAAUACACAGAAAAAAAAAAAUUUCUUGAUUCAAAAAAUUUUUUUUUGGCGCCAAGAAAUUCUUUUUUUUUUUGUGUAAAAAAAAAAUGAAUAUUUUCACCCGAGGAAGACUCGAUUAAGCGAUAAUUUUAUAUAGAUUCUGUCAAUCUACUUUUUAAUAUCUAUUUUAUAUAUUUAUUUAACUGUUCUCUCGUGAUGUAAAGCUCAGGUAGACCAGAUUUACUAAAAGCUUUUUAAAUACUAAUUUAUUUUUUUUUGUAAACAAUCACAAUCACGAGCACGAUCACGAUUACGACAAUAAAACAAUUAAGUUAAAUAAUAUAUGACGACACGUCUAGCUUGUAAUAAUAUUUACCAGACAAACAUACAGUAAAGUGUAUGUUCAAUCCCUGCUAUCAGUCUGAAUCUAAUUGACAAUGUACGAAAAAUCUUAACUGAUGUAUAUGUUUAUAUGUUUAUUUAUUAUCAGUGAAGAUUAUUUUAAAGCAGUUGCUGGUGCUUUCGCGGGAUUAACUGCCGAAUAUUUUCUUUGUUUUUUUUUUUUUUUUUUUUUUUUUUUUUACAUAACAAGUAACUGGUGCGCGGUCAUAAUAUCCUUCCCUUAUAAUCCUCGACAAAUCCGGAAGGAAAAUCUGCUCUAUUAGGAUUUUUUUUGGAUUUCCUAAAAAAUUCUGUGACAAUUUCUGACGAUUUAUCAGAAUUUCUCCUGCAUUAUCAGGAUUUUUGUUUGUGAAAUUUUCUGGGAUCAAAUUGAUCGAUUUUAUUGUCUGGUAUUUUACAGUAUCGGAUAUUAUGACCGGCAAAGUAACUACCAAUUACAAUCGUUACUGUUACUUAUACAUUUCUACAUGAUAGUUAUAAUUACCAUUAUUUAUAUGUUAAUUAAUUAGUUAAUUUGUUUAUAAGUCCCACCGUAAUCAACGAGCAGACGGUCUAGUUAUCAGAAUGACUUUCUUCCUGAGUCACAAGUCUUGAUUUAAUAUUUAACCAAUUGAUCGAACAUUAUUCCACGCAUCAUUAUUAUUAUUAUUACGCUAAUUAGAACACCUGAUUAUUUUUAAUGCAUCAUUUAAGUAACAAUCUACGUCUACUAGUGUAGAGGCAGUAGCACAUUUUUGUGUUGUCAUUACAAUGUUUAUAGGCUUGCAAAUUUUAAUUAUUAUUAUUAUUAUUAUAAUUAUUACAAUUAUUUAUAAUUGAUUUCAAAUAAUUUUUGAUCUAUCAAAUGUUUAAUUGUAGUGUAAUUAAUAGUAGGUACAUUAGCGUAAAAGCUUUCUCUCAAAAUUUAGAAUUUCAUCGAAGACCAAAUCAUGAAAUUUUUUUUUUUAAAAAACCAGAGCAAUUUUUAUUUAUUUGUUGUUAUUUAGUUUGUUAAUUAGUAUCACAAGAGCCUACAUACUAAUUUUUUUUUCUUUGUUAAUUAUUUAUAUUUUAUUUUUAAGUCUAGACAACCGUAACUUGCAACUCUUUGUGUUAAAUAAUUAAUAUAUUCAUCAAAACCUAUACUAAUUAAGCUGACAGCUACGAAAAAACUUGAUAGUAUAUUUUUUAUAUAUUAUAUUUAUUAGUAUUUGUCUUGUUUGAUAUUUAAUUCGAUAAAUCGCAAUAAAAAUUCAGUAUCUAGAUACACCGGACUGCGAUAUGUCUUCAAAUUACCCAAAAUAAUUCAUUUUAAAUAAAAAAUUAAUUGUUUUUAUUGAGGAAAAAAUUUUAAUUCAUAUCGAAGAUCUCGUACUCUGUAAAUAAAAAUAAAAACAAAUAAAUAAAAUAAAGCCUUUGAUAUUUUGUUAUAAAAAUUCCUUUUAAUAUGCGGAAUUAAUUAACGCUGAUAUGCAUAUAAUCUAAAUUAUUAAUUUAAACAAUUAAACUACAUAAUUACAAUUGUAUCUAGAUACUAUUACAUUAAUUUUCCAGUUUAUUUAUUUUUUUUUUUUCCAAAUUCAUCAAUAAAAAUCUUCCAUACAAGUCUUUUUUAGCCGAACAAGUGACAGUUUUUUUUUUUUUAACAAUAAUUAUAAUUAGUAAUUAUUA